UCAGAAUUCAAUUGCCGUCGCACGUCACAGCCAUGUCCACCAAGAAAAAAUCCAAGUCGACGUCGUCCUCUGCCACCGCGGCCCCCGCGAUCAAGAAGGCUGAGAGCGGUGCGUCCGUGCGCAUUGAGUACGAUACCGAAACGUAUGCGAACCACUACAGUCACAUGGCGGCGAACCUGGUCAAGGGAUUCCCAAACCUCCGAUGCUUUGGCCAGAGGGCGGCCCCAACGCUGAAAGGCAUGCUUCUCGCGUUCCUCAUCUUUAUCGUGCAAGGUCUCCUCGCGCUUACCGUGUUCCAUGGCGAAACGUUCCUCCUGAACAACUUCGACUACAAGCUCGAUUUCUACGUGUCGCAAUUCAUCAAGGACUACCAAAUGAUCAUCCUCAUCCCGAUCGUGUUUAUCACCCCUUUGAUGCAAUACGCUGGGCGAAGUGGCAAGUUUGAAGUCUAUCUCAACGAUGUGCUCAUCCACUCCAAGCAUCAAACGAACCAACUGCCGUCCGUGGCGUUUGUCAAGGACCUGCUGGUGAAGAAGGGCCUCAAGUCCAAGGACGAAUAGACUCCCAUGACAUUUAGAUCUAGGUCAUAGCAAUUGUAGAUGUAUGAAUGAUCAUGUAACGUUAAAACGAAAAAAACAAAGCAAUUCUAACCUAAACAAACAAUUUAAGAGCUUCAAUCAAUGAGA